AUGUAUGUGCCGAAUCAAAUUCCUUUCCCUCCUUCUUAUAUCCCUUCGCGUUUCCUUUUCCAACCGCGGUAUCGGCAAGCUAUUCCUUUACCAGCUCCACCAACAGAGCCAAAGCCAAUGAACCAACCCAAGAAGCAAGAAACUCAAUACGAGCAAGAUCUUCAACACCAUCAACAGCAACAAGUUCCACAAAAUUCGCAACAACCAACUGUGGUGAGUCCGGAGCAGUCAAAGGGGGUACUUCCAAAUCAACAACAACAAAACGCCGAGACUAAUCCAAAUCAGCAGCAAAAUGGAGUUGAUAUUCCGAAUCAGCAACAACAACAGAAGACAGAACCGACAUUUCCAAAUAAGCAGCAUCAAGGAUGUUUAACUCUAAAUCACCAAAAUCACCAAACAACAUCUUUUCCGAAUUACCAGCAGCACAAUGGAAAUGCUUUUCCAAAUCAGCAGCAUCAACUAGCGAUGGCUAUUCCAAACAGCGAGCUUUCCGAAUUGCAAACAGCGAGCUUUCCGAAUUACCAGCAGCAUCAAGGGAAUGGAUAUGCGAUCCGGCAGCAACCGGCAGUGGUGGCGUUCUCGAAUCACCACCAACUGAAAGCAGGAUCUCAUUUAAAUUAUCAGCAACAACGUCGAUUAGCGGCAUUUCAAAAUCAACAGUAUCAGCAACGAUAUCUGGCAAUGACGAUUGCAGCAAGACGCCAACAGCUAGCUUUUGUCAAUCAAUGGAAACCAAAUCCGCGUCAAUCUUCGUUAUUAGGAGUUCCACCAUUAUUCCAACUUCCACCAGGAUCAUUUCUACCAUAUCCGCCACCACCACCAUACAAAUAUCUUCCAUGUCCAUAUCCUCAUGGACCCGCUACGAUUAAAAUGGUUGGCGAUAUGGGCGGAAUGCCGUUGGUUCCGUUUCCAAUAACGGUGCCGCCCGGACAUCAAUGUCAUCAGAUUGUCGACGAGCUUGGCAUUUUGCGUCACGUUGUGUUGUCCAUCGAGCCAAAUGCUCAAAUCGGAGCAGCUCCUCCAGAAACGAAUGUGGAACAAACCAAUGGGACAUCACCUGGCGAAUCUCAACCUCAAGAGCAGAGAGCAUGCAGUGGUCCUUCAAUUAUUUAUAACAACAACGGCAAAUGGAUUCCAGCCAAUCCUGAGGCUGUAUUAUCUCUGAAAGAGAAGUGUGGAAUUGAUACUGAGAGCGGGGAAAAACUUCGAGAGACAUUAAAGCAAGUGACGCAACCUCACAUCACUCGCGCUCUCACUACGAAUGGCGAUAUCAAUUGGAAGUCAGCCGAGCAAACGCCUGAGAAGCCUGAUAACAAGGGUUUGUACCCGUCGUUGGAUACUUCCGAGUACACCUACCAAACCACUGCUAUCGAACCGAAAAGACAGCAAUAUGUACAACCUUACAUAACGACACCAACCCGCCCAGACCCGCCGCAUAUGCUGAGGGUUGUGAACAAAGGAUACGACUUUGUUCAUCUUAUCUGGAAGUCGGGCAAUAACAAUGGCGCUGCAAUUUAUUUAUAUUAUGUUUAUGUCCUCGUACUUCAUAAGUCGGGAAUUAUUGACGGAGCAACCUUCUGCCAGUUUGAUUGUUGCGAAGGGAAGAUAUUGGGUUUGAAGCCAUCCACAAAUUAUAGGUUUUGCAUCAAAUCGGUGAACGCUAUUGGGGAAUCGUAUGAAUCGGCCCUGAUCGACGUCGGGACAAAGUCUGACAGGCCACCACCAACACCAAAUGCACCUGCAGUCACCAGUGUAACCCAUCGUGCUGUUCGACUUAUGUGGCUUCCACUCAACGAAUGUGUUUACGGGCUUGAACAAAACGAUGUCAACAGACAAAUUCAUAAUGUUAUUCGGGAACGACUCACCGGUACCACUAUUCAAAUAGGAAAUCUUCAACCAGACUCGGAAUAUCAUUUCCGAUUGUUUGCCAAAAACAAUGAAGGUGAAUCAGAGCGCUCCGAUUGGACCGUUGUUAGAACACAACUGCCAAGACAUUACAAUCAUCAUAAUCACUAUUAUCAUAGUAACCAUUACGAAACUCCAGCUCGUGUUCCAUCGACUCCAAUAUUCCUUAGAUAUGUGAAUAGGAAACCAGAAGUGGGAUGGAAAAUUUCUUUAAAAAAUCACAAGGAUCUUGUCUUCAAUCUCGAAGGAUCGACAUACAUCAACCCGGAACACUUUUUCAGCAUUUACCGGGGAUCAGCAACCACUUAUGUUAUUGCUGAAGACGAUAUUUAUCAAGUUCGCGUCCAAUCGAUUUCAAAACGCGGGUUGAAGAGUGACUUCACUAAUGUGCUUAUUGUUCCAAGAAUCGAGAAGGAAGAACUCGCUGCUCCAGAUAAACCAAAACCUCCGAGGCUGAUGACGAACAAAAUGGGAACUCUUCGCAUCAUCUGGGACCCAGUAGAAUACCCGAAUAAAAAUUUCACCGUUUUCUACCGUCUACAGAGAAUCGAUGAUGACGAAACAGCUCAUGACAUUUAUACGGGACCUAAUACCGAAAUUCUUUUUAAUGAUGAAGACGGUGAUAUGGAAAUUUCUCUUAGGUUAAAAUCCUUCAUUCUUGCCAACGAAGUUCCGAUUGAUAGUGACUGGAGUGAAGUGAUCACACGCGUGACUCCAAGGAGAAACCCCAAGCCUCCAACUGAUUUGCAUUAUGACAGAGAAGCAAAGGAGAUCUGCUGGGAUUGCCCUGAUGAGUGGGAUGAUCUUCGCUUCGAUGUUGAAAUCAGCUCUGAGGAUGGAGUAAUUGUCCACGAGGAGAAAAGAAGCAAACGAUAUUGCAUGGAUUGUUUCGCGCCGGGAUUCCUUUAUAAAUGUGUCGUCUAUUCAAUUCAUGACGAUGGAAAAUCGAAUGAUCCAGCAAUAUAUGAGUUUAUUAUGCCCGCGGAGGCUCCAGGUGGUCCAGAGCCGAAUAAUAUCAGUCCAGAGGGAACUGAUAAGUUGACUGUUCGGUGGACACCAGGAAACUCACAUGGUAACCCGACAUCUGAUUACAGAUUCAAAAUCUUCGAAAAAGAUACGAUGGUUCGGGAAUUCACUGUGCCCGCAAAUUCGUAUUUCGAAGAAUACACCAUUAACGAUUUGAAGCCAAAUACCGCUUAUCGAAUCGAAUUAAGAGCCGAGAAUCAAAUCGGCCAGAGCCCGCCAGCUUUCUUUAAUGGAAAAACAAAAUCGCUUCCACCGACACCACCAAAAUUGGAAUGCGAGCCCGAGCCAACGGCAAUUCGUCUUCGGUGGAAAACCGAUGUACGUCACACUGCAAUGUCGUAUAAACUAGUGCGAAUCAAGGAUGGGCAGCAAAUCACUAUCUACGAAGGAGAAAACUUGACAUCCAAAGUAAAAAAUCUGACUCAAGAUACCGAAUAUGAAUUCCAGAUUCGGGCUAGCAAUAAAUUGACCGGAACUUCGGUUUGGUCUCCAGUCUAUAAGUUCCGUACAUCUCUUGCUCCUCCACCUCCAAUUCGAACAUGCCCAACUGUUACGAAAAACAAUGGCAAACGUGAUCUAUACACAAUUCAAUGGACUGACGUUCUCCAAAAUACAAACGAAAAAACACAUUUCUACCGUUUGCAAGUUGUAGAAUCCACUGAUCCAAAAGCUAAAUGGAAUACGGUCUAUGAAGGCAAUCAAACCGUAUUCACACUUAAAACCAAUGGAUACAAGGGACCAAUUCAAGUACGCGUAUUUUGUGUUCGAAUUCACGAUAAAGGCGAAACUCGUGGACAUGAAAGCCCAAUUACUUUCAUUAUGAAUGAUCAAGAGGAAACUGAACAGAAGCCGAUCUCGCAGAAAUCCGAUGACUUACAAAUCUACUAUGGCAAAAUUCGAAAAUGUCUGCUUCCAAUUGCUGCUCUUAUUUCAUUCAUCAUUGUCGCUUUACUUCUCGUUACCGUUUGCGAUAUUUUAUUCAAUAUGACUCAAAAUACACCUAUCACCGAACCGGUUUAUGUGCCACCAGCUCCACCAAUACCAACACCACCACCUACCACUCCGCCAAUUCCAUCAAAACAGUAUAUUCCACAAUCUACAGGCCAUUUGGAGUAUUGA